AACAAACUGUCUCACAAAUAAAAGCAGCUGAGACAUCCUGAAUUUGAGGUGUCCAGGACAAGAAACUGACAUUGCCACAAGAUGAAGAGACUCAUACUUCUGAUGGUGAUGUUUGCAACAUGUUGUGCAAAACCUGAAGAUCUGUCUGGAAAAGUGUUUGUCUUCCCAAAGGAGACCAAAACAGAUCACGUGAAACUGCAGACAUCUCAAACUGAAUUCAGCUCUGUGACUGCCUGUCUCAGAUUCCAAACAGAUCUCACCAGGAACUACGGGCUCUUCUCUUUGGCUACUACUGCUCACAGCAACGCCUUCCUGCUCUUUAAGAGGGAAUCAGUGGAUGUCAUUGAUGUAGAGGCUAGGGACGGUAAAGCAGACUUCGGGUCGCUGUCAUUUCCACGAAACACCUGGCACUCUGUGUGUGCCACCUGGCGCUCUGACAACGGAGUGGCUCAGGUUUGGAUGGACGGCAAGGCAACCAUCAAGAGAUUUAUCAGAACUAGGGCCAUCACUGGAGCACCCAUCACAAUCCUGGGCCAAGAGCAGGACGCCUAUGGGGGAAAUUUUGAUGAAGCUCAGUCUUUCAUUGGUAUGAUUACUGAUGUUCACAUGUGGGACCAAGUCCUCCCCGCCUCUGAGAUCAAACGCUACAUGGCUUACAAGCACUUCACUCCAGGCAAUGUGUUCAACUGGGGAGCCCUGGAGUACGAUAUCACAGGGGACAUUUUGGUGGAGGAGGAGUCUGAAGUUAUGUAACAGGAUGUCAAACAGCAAAUUAUGUUCUUGAAGCUGAUAAAAUCUGUUUAAACACUUGAA